AUUAUUCUAAUGAAUAUUGAACAAACGGUAUCAACUUAAAAUUUAUUUUUAUUAAUAAAGAACUGGGAUUGUUUCAAGUUGUUUAGAAAAUAAUCAUAGAUCAUAUCAAGACGAAUCGUGUGUUCUAGCUUUAAGAACAAUUGAAAACAAAUAGGAAUAUGCAGUAAUUUGGUAAAGUAAAAGUUUUUCUUCUCAUGGUAUCUGUCAUUUGUUUGACAAGUUCAACAAGAGAACUUGAUCGAUUAAGGUCAAUUGUCAAACAUUUAGAAACUAGACUUAACUUCGAAUUUACAAUCAGAGACGAAGAUAUUGCUGAAAUAACAAUGCGACUGAAUGGCAUCGAUAAAUUGUUAAAUGAAACCAUUGGAAAACAACAGCCCGUUCCUUCAGCGGCGACCAAAGCUGAUGAGAUUAAUUUUGAAACAGUUGACACAUUGGAAGAGGAUUUUACGAGACUUAGAACAGCCUUCACCGAGGAAAAAUCUGAGUCUGUAAGAUUUCGACGGGAAAUUCCAAAGAUUGAAAACAAUCUGAUAUCCCUCAACAAAGAUGUUAAAAACUAUUGCAAAGUCGCUGUAAAUAAUACUGAUCAAUUAUUAAGCAGCUUUGAAACGGUCAAACAUGUGUCAGAAGACGCUAUUAUAACGUCUGAAAAUGACCGGAAAGUGUUACAAAAUAUGGCUGAAAAGGUUAAGCAAAACACCAAACAAAUUGAAAACAUUGAAACUCUAAUAACUAAUUUAUAUUCGAAAAUGGAGUAUCUAUUCUAUCCUACCUCCUGUCGUUUGUUAACAGCUAUGGGUAAUGCAGGAAAUGGAAUAAAGAAAUUACGACAAGGUUCUGUAGUUUACUGUGACCAAACUACAGACGGUGGAGGCUGGAUAGUAUUUCAAAGAAGACUGAACGGAGAAACAGAUUUUUAUCGAAACUGGAAUGAGUAUAAAAACGGUUUCGGUGAUCUCAAUGAUGAGUUCUGGCUCGGUAAUGAUCAUUUGAGUCUACUGACAUCGGAUGGAGAACACGAACUUCGAAUAGAGAUUGAAGAUUUUGAGGGAAACAGUGCAUAUGCUAAGUACAGUAAGUUUAAGAUAUAUCCAGAAGAAGACAAUUACAAACUUGAGGUGAGUGGAUACAGUGGAACUGCUAGAGAUGCUCUUCGAUAUCAUAAUGGUAUGAUGUUCUCAACGUAUGACAGAGAUCAUUGUUACGGUAUCUGUACGGCAUCUUAUCGGAUUAUAUACUUGUUUAAGUAUUUGCAGAGUUACAUCCCCUUGACUGUUUUCCGCCAUGAUUUGUUAUUUUCUUGGGCGAAUUUGUCGUAAUUUUUGUUAGUUUUGUUGUUGGUGGUGGUUUUUCUUGUUGUUGUUUUCGAUUUCACAAUCUAUUUCGGAGUACAUUUCUUAAUUAUCUCUUGCAUAUCUUUCGGUUUUAAGUUUAAGACUUAUGUAGAAAAUUAUUUUUUUUAUGUUUCGAUCCUUUGGUAGUUGUUUUUAUUUCUUUUCUUAUUUUUUCUUUUAACCUCAGUGGAGUUCCUUUAAACAUAUUAAAAACAGGAUGAACAGGAUUUACAUGAAUAGACAAACAAACAAUUUUCCUAGUUCAAUUUCGUAAGC